AUGACAUAUCGCUCUGAUGAUGAAAUUUCAUCGAAGAUUUUUAACGACCCAAUUCAUGAUUGGGCUGUAAAUUUUAUCGACACCCCACAAUUCCAAAGAUUAAGGAAUAUAAAACAACUUGGAACUAUUUAUUAUGUGUUCCCUGGAGCAUCCCAUAAUAGAUUUGAACAUUGUUUAGGAACGGCUUAUCUUGCAAAUUCUUGGGCAAAGAGACUUUUUGAAGAACAAAAUCUCGAACAAAUUACUUCCGAUGACGUUAAAUGUGUGACUUUAGCCGCAUUAUGCCAUGAUUUAGGACAUGGACCUUUUAGCACCGUAUUUGAAGAUCAUGUUAUUCCGAGACUUACAGGGAACAACCAAUGGAAACACGAAGAUAAUUCAAAGAUUAUGUUUGAACACAUGUUUAAAUGCGUUACAGAUGAAAAUGGAAAAAAUGAUGCCGAUUUUGACGAUAAGGAUUACAACAUCAUUCGUGAUCUUAUUACUGGUGAUGACCCACAAAAUAAAAGAACUUUUAUUUUUGAUAUCGUUGCAAAUAAACGUAAUUCGAUCGAUGUUGAUAAAUUUGAUUAUCUCGAGAGGGAUUGUUAUCACUUGGGAAUGAAAUCCAAGUUUGAAUUUUCUCGUCUCAUGAAAUUCUCACGUGUAAUUGAUGAUCAAAUUGCAUAUCAACAUAAAGAAUAUUUGAACAUUUCCGAAAUGUUUCAUACUCGUUUUUCUUUACACGCUAGAAUCUACAAUCAUCGUGUUAGCAAGGCAUUGGAUUUUAUGGUAGCUGAUGCUCUUUGUGAAGCAAAUCAUGUACUUAAAAUUUCGGAUGCAAUAAAUGAUGGGGAAGAAUUUCUCAAGCUAAGUGAUAACACUUUACACGUUAUCGAAUAUAUGCAAGAUUCGAGCCUAAUAAAAUCUAAAGAAAUUAUAAAUAGAAUACGACAUCGAAAAUUAUACAAAUUUGUUGAUGAAUGUUUAAUUCCACGAGAAUAUCGUUCUCGUCUAAAUGAGACGAAUCUCAACAAAUCUGAAAUAAUUCGCCAUAAAAUUGGUAACGAGUCUAUUUCCGAAGACGAUAUCAUUAUACAUAAGUUUAAGAUAAACUAUGGUAAAGAAGAUCAAAAUCCACUCGACUAUGUCAAAUUUUAUGGGAAUUCUAAAGAAUCAUUUAAUUUAAAAAAAUCUGAGGUAAGUUACCUAAUACCCGAGCAGUACGAUGAUGAAAUUGUAGCUGUAUACGCAAAAGACCCAGAAAAGGAUAAACCAAUUCAGGAUGCCUUUCGCGCACUGAUGAAAGAAUUAAAUUUGACAGUAAAAUUUAAUCAAGGUUCAGCCCUCUCCGACACUCGAAUAGAGCAAAAUAAUGGAACUGUUAAAAGUCCGGUUUACUCUACUGCCGUUUAUGGAACUCGUUGGGCUACUGAACCUGCUCCAAGAUAUGAAAUUCCUGAAGAAGAAAUGCCUCCAGAAGUUGCUUAUAAGUUAAUUAAAGAUGAUCUCAUGUUGGACGGAAAUCCAUCUUUAAAUUUAGCUUCCUUUGUCACCACCUAUAUGGAAAAAGAGGCCGAAAAAUUGAUGAAAGAAAACUUAUCAAAGAAUUUUAUUGAUUAUGAGGAAUAUCCCGUUUCUGUUGAAUUACAGAAUCGAUGUGUUAAUAUGAUAGCUCGUCUAUUCAAUGCUCCAAUGAAUGAUCCAAAGGAGGAAGCUAUGGGAGUUUCAACCGUAGGAUCUUCAGAGGCCAUUAUGUUAUCUGUUUUGGCGAUGAAGAAAUUAUGGCAAAAACGAAUGCGAGCAAAAGGAAAACCUACUGAUAGGCCAAAUUUAGUUAUGUCGGCUUCAGUCCAAGUUUGUUGGGAAAAAGCUACAAGAUACCUCGAAGUUGAAGAAAAAUUUGUUUAUUUAACGGAAGGAGAAUAUAUUCUUGACCCCCAAAAAGCUGUGGACCUUGUUGAUGAAAAUACAAUCGGUGUCUGUGUUAUAUUAGGAUCUACAUACACUGGUCAUUAUGAAGAUGCAAAAACAGUUAAUGAUUUAUUAAUGGAAAAGAACUUAGAGAAUGGAUGGGACGUUCCAAUUCAUAUUGAUGCAGCAUCUGGUGUACGUUCAAUCAAUGUAUCCGGACAUAAGUAUGGAUUAUGUUAUGCAGGAAUUGGAUGGGGAAUUUGGAGGUCAGCUAAAUAUUUACCUGAAGAAUUAAUUUUUACUGUAAAUUAUCUUGGAUGUGCCUCCCACGUAAUUGCUCAAUAUUAUGUAUUAAUUCGUCUUGGACGUGUUGGAUUCACUGCAAUCAUGAGAAAUUUAAUGAAUACUUCAUCAAUUCUUGCUACUAAAUUAGAAGAAACAGGUAAAUUUAAGAUAAUAAGUGAUCGUAAUGGAAAUGGGCUACCACUUGUUGCCUUCAAACUUUCUGCUAAAGAAGUACAUUAUGAUGAGUUUGAUGUUGCGAAAAAACUUCGAGAACGUGGAUGGAUAGUUCCAGCUUAUACGAUGGCACCAAAUACUGAGCAUAUUAAAGUAUUACGUAUCGUCGUACGAGAAGAUUUUUCACGCGAACGAUGUGAUGUUCUUGUUGAAGAUAUCAUUUCUUGUUUGGAAGUCUUCUUACGUGAUAAAGGCACCGGAAAGUCUCAAGACUAG